AUGCCUCCUCCCUUUGCUCCGCUAUACCCCACCCACGCUCCUCCGCCUUUUCAACGUCCUCAACCCACCCAGGCUAAACGGAAGGCCAGUGCUCAAUCUUUAUCCAAUGAAUCACCCGCUUCGAAGAGAGGUAGAACCCCAGGCGGGUCUUCGCCGUCCACUCGCAACACUCGACAGCGGGACCGAAGCGAAACCCCGUCUAGGCCAGGAGGAUCGAAUGAGCCGCUAGUGGCCGAGAAGGAAGAAUCCAGCGGCCAUUGGAAGUCCUAUGUAACGCCUGAUGGUACCAGGACCGCUGAGGACUUCAUCGUGGAGUGGUUGACCGAAGGAACGAAUUACGCAUCAUACAAAGUAUCUAAGCCGAAAGGAAAGGAAGCACAUGGAGAACUCAUUCUGAACAGGAUCAGGGAAGCUGGGAUUCCGAUCACCAAGAAGCCAUCGAUGGUCGUGUCAAAGAUCCGCACCAUCGUUGAAGCCUGGAAAACAGCUCAUCAAAACCUGAACCAGACUGGUAACGGGAGUACCGAUUCUGACUUGGAAGAUGAUGAAACUCAAGACCAAGAGGAGAGACAGAGACGAUGGGGAAAGAAGCAAGAGCGUGCUGCGUUUAUGACCAAAUUCAACCAGGAGAACAUCUAUUACCAAACCCUCGCUCCCGUCCUAGGUUCAAGGACGGUGAACGCUCCCCGAACCCUCCUCGAUUCCAUCAACCCCUCCAACGCUGCUGCCUCCAUUGAGGAUCGACUUGGAAUCGCCGGUGACCAUCUUCUGCCUCCCCAACAUCGUUCUCCAACCAAGCCAUCAUCUAGUUCCACCAUCUUCAACGAGAUAGAGAUAGCCAACGUGGGAAGGAUCGAGGAUACACCUGAAUAUCAAGAGGCGUUUGGUUUGGGUAGCGAGACCCAGACUGACGAUGAUCUGGCAAACGGCAUCUCGACUCCGGCCUCUUCUAGCCUACGCCAGUACAUCGCCUCCCCGAGCAACUCGCUGGCGUCGGUCUCUACCAGAGCCGGGACAGUCGAUCCGAUCAGUCCUCGCAAGCCGACUACUCCUGCCAUCCGUGAUCCCACCGCCCGAGCUACAGCGAUGUCGCAACAACCGAGGACUAGGGAGAAGAAAGGAGACGAUAUGGGUAUGGCAAGCUUGGCUGCGGUGAUGGAGCAAAGGGUACAGUCGGACCGGGAGAAUGCGGCCGCGGACCAGCAGUGGCGGAAGGAUAAGGCAGAGCGAGAGGAGAAGGAGAGGGUCGAGAGACGAGAGAUGGAGCAGAGGCGUAUCGCCAAGGAGGAGAAAGAACAGCAGGAUAGGAACGCAUUGGAACAACGACGACUGGAUUUCGAAAUCGCUCGUUUUGAACAGGAAAAACAGGACAGGGAGGCGGAAAGAACCCAGCAAACCGCCAAGAUGGAAGCCGAACUGUUGCAACAGAAGAUGAAGGCGUUUCAGGAACUAAGGACUGCGGGUUUGGGAACUGUUGAUGCGCUCAAAGCUGCCGGAUUGUCAGGAAGCAGUGCUCCUGCUCAGUAG